GCACACGGAGGUUAUUGACCACGCCCAUCUCAUGAAUAAUACAUCACCUCCUGUCGAGCCGUAGAGACUCGUGCCACUGGAGGUCUUUAGACGUCAGCUUGUGCUCACCGGAGGAAGGAAAAUAAUGGUCAUAAUAUCACUAUCCAUCUAUCGAUAAGGCAAUAUUAAUAUCCGGUAACGAAUGGGGAAUUGGAAGAGUGGGAAUUCGCCUCACGCACAACGACCCCGUUGCUUUUCACAGGAAUUUACGGAGCAGCACACACCAAGGGCUUGAUAUUAACCCGACCGUGACCGACCUAUUAUCUGCCGGUCUGACGUUAUUCUUAUCGCCGGUGAUUUGAGGAACAACAAACACUCGAGGGGGCUGCUGACAGGAAGUCUGUGUGUGACCUGUCGUGAGCAGUCAUGUUCCGUAACAGCCUGAAGAUGCUGCUGGGAGGCAAAAGCCGCAAGAACAACAGCGGUGGCAGUGGCAUUGAGUCAGAGGGAUCAGAGUUCAGCAUGAUUGAGGGAUUCACUCGUUCACUUCCCUCCUCGCCCCUCCUCAACCUUCGGCUGGCCAAAAGAUCUGGUGAAGAUGAAGAGUUAGGACCUCCUCCCUCAGUAGAUGAGGCAGCUGAUGCUCUGAUGACCAGGCUGGGCUUCCUGCUGGGGGAAAAGAUAAUCAGUGGAGAGCCGGGGUCACCUUACCAUGCUCAGGAUGAUGGACAGAGGAUCUCUCCGUCCUCCAGUCUGGCCAGUAGCGGCACCUCCCCCUGCUCUACAAUGCAGCCUCCUGCUGGGGGAGAGGCCAAUAACAACAAGCAUGCCUCCACUAACCACGCCUCUGUCACCUCCCCUACAUCGACACUAGAAAGCAGAGACAGUGGAAUCAUAGCCACGUUGACCAGUUAUUCUGAGUCGGCAGCAGAGCAGAACGACAGCACCAAGUGUCCUGGAGAUGGUUACCAUGGCGGUAGCCUCAGCCUCUGGCAGGAGGGGGGCUGGCCAAUGGUGGCCUCCACCUCCUCUUCCUGUAUGGUAGUGAAAGGAAGCGUAUAUGAUGGCUUCCUGUACAGGGAGGAUGACAAAAUGGCUGCCUCCACUUACAGCCUCAACAAACUCCACCCAGACCAAGGCCCUGGCUCUGCCCGGUCUUCAGGCUCCACCAGCUCCAUCCCUGUCUACCUCAUGCCUCGCCCUAAUUCCGUUGCUGCCACUAGUUCUGCCCAUCUUGAAGAUCUAGCCUAUCUGGAUGAUCAGCAGAGACGCAUCCCUUCAAGGACAUCCCUCAGAAUGCCCAGGCAGAAUUCUGGGAGUCGUGGCCAACAGGACCACAAAGUUCGUUUCACUCCCUCUCUCAACCUGAAGCCCCUCCACUUUGAGGUUCCUGGUCUCUCAUCUGAUUGGCUGUUCACGGGCAGGGAGUGGCUCUUUCAGGAAGUGGAUGCCUGUCUUCGCAGUAAUGACCCAGCAACUUGUCGCGGUGUGGUGAUUGUUGGCAACAUGGGCUUUGGCAAAACAGCCAUCAUUUCCCGCCUGGUGGCGCUCAGUUGUCAUGGAAACCGCAUGUGGCCAAACAUUGCCAGAAACCAGACCAUUCCCAAACAGCCAGUUUCUUUCUCACAUGAUUCCCUGGGAAGAGGAGGAGGGGAUGAAGGAGCAGGAGGAAGCUGUCCAGGAACUCCAGAAAUGAGGAGGAGACAGAAGGAGACACUGGGGAGGCUUGCAGGACAGGUAGUUUCAUAUCAUUUUUGUCAGGCUGAUAACUGCCACACUUGUCUGGUUCCGGAGUUUGUCCACAACAUGGCGGCGAUGCUAAGUAUGGCCCCUCAACUCUCAGCCUAUCGGGAGCUUCUGCUCCGGUCACCACAGCUACAGAGCAUGCUCAGUCUGCGAUCCUGUAUCCAGGAUCCAAGCUCUGCCCUCCAGAGAGGGAUACUAGAACCACUGGAUGCUCUAUACAGAGACAGGACGUUGCAUGUGGAAGGGGCAGGGCUUAUUAUUCUGAUUGAUGGGCUAAACGAGGCAGAGUUUCAUCGGCCAGACUACGGCGACACACUUGCUUCCUUCCUGUCCCGAAACAUCCAGAAAUUUCCUUCUUGGUUGAAGGUCAUUACUACUGUCAGGACCAGUCAACAGGACACCACUUGUUCUUUACCUUUUCACCGCAUCUCACUAGACAGGAUGGAGGAGAACAACGCCAUAGACCAGGACCUGCAGAGUUACCUGAUGCAGCGUAUCAACAGCAGCAGUGAGAUCCAGAACAAUGUGUCGCUGAGCAAUGGACGCCUUGACAACACAGCACUGGCCAAGCUGAUCAGCCACCUGAAAAGCCUGAGCAGAGGCUCGUACCUCUACCUGAAACUGACCCUGGACCUGAUAGAGGGAGGAUAUCUGGUCCUGAAGAGCUCCAGCUUCAAGGUGGUUCCUGUAAAUCUAGCAGAGGUCUACUUGUUGCAGCUCAACAUGCGGUUUCCCACCCAGUCAUCUUUUCAAAGAGUUCUGCCACUGCUCAAUAUUACUGUAGCAUCUCUGCACCCAAUGACCGACCAGCAGCUGUUUGAGGUGGUGAAUGCAGGCACUCUGAGUGGAGGAACACUGCAGUGGGCGGAAUUUGGGCAGCGGCUGGAGCAGCUCUCGUGUUUCCUGCUAAAGCGGAGCGACGGAAGCAGGAUGCUAAACCAUGCUUCCUUCAGGGAGUGGCUUGUUUGGAGGGAGGAGGGGCAGGAUGACAGGUUUCUCUGUGACCCCAGGAGCGGCCACACUCUCCUGGCCUUCUGGCUCUGCAGGCAGGAAGGGAAGCUGAACCGACAGCAGAUGCUGGAGCUGGGACAUCACAUUUUAAAAGCACACAUCUACAAGGGUCUGAGUAAGAAGCUUGGGGUUUCCUCCUCAGUUCUGCAGGGACUGUGGCUGUCCUACAGCACAGAGAGUCUGAGCCCUGCUCUCUCAUCUUUGCGCAAUCUCUACACACCUAACAUCAAGGUGAGUAGGCUGCUGAUUAUGGGCGGAGCUGAUGUGGAUUACCGUAGUGAUGUCCUUAACAGCGCCCCCCUGUUGUGUGUCCACUCGCACUUGGGCCACAGUGAUGCUGUGGCGCUGCUGCUCGACCAUGGAGCUCAGGUGGAUGCUCAGUCACAUGAUGGUUUGACUGCACUGGGAUACGCUGCUGCAGCUGGACAUCUGGACAUCGUCACCAUGCUGAGUCAGCACAGAGCUAAGGUGGGUCAUGUUGACAGCUCAGGUCAGUGUGUGUUGGUGCAUGCAGCUCAGCGGGGCCACCUUGAGGUGCUGCACUUCCUGUUAAAGCGUACAGACUGGAGCUGCACUUCCUGCUGCGACCAGAGGGGGGUGAGCAGGAGCCAGGCGGUGCAGCAGGCUCUGAUUGCCGCAGCCAGCAUGGGCCAUACAGAGAUAGUGUCAUACCUCCUGGAUCUUCCAGAGGAAGACGAGGAAGAGGAGGAGAGACCUGAGAUCAAUACAUCUGACAGUCUAUGGGGAGAGACAGCUCUCACAGCAGCAGCAGGAAGUGGUAGGCUGUCUGUCUGCAGGCUGUUGUUGGAUCAGGGGGCUGCUGUUGAGCAAGGCAACCAUCAGGGCGUGGCUCCGCUCUUCAGCGCAGUGAGACAGGGCCACUGGCAGGUGGCGGAGUUGUUACUGACUCAUGGGGCAGAGAUGAACAUGGUCGACCAGCAGGGUCGAACAGCUCUCAUGACGGCAGCCUCAGAGGGACAUAUGACCACCGCCAAGCUGCUGCUAGAUCAUGGAGCCUCUCUGGAGCAGACUGACAGGGAGGGUCUAACGGCGCUGAGCUGGGCCUGUCUAAAAGGCCAGCUCCCAUUGGUCAAAGAGCUGGUGGAGAGAGGUGCAGUCACAACUCAUGCUGACCGCAGUGGACGCACACCUCUGGAUCUGGCUGCCUUCUGCGGUGACCCAGAAGUGGUGCAAUACCUGGUGGAUCACGGUGCAUUGGUAGAGCAUGUGGACUGCAGCGGGAUGCGUCCUCUGGAUCGAGCAGUAGGCUGCAGAAAUACUUCAGCAGUCAUCGCUUUGCUCAGAAAGGGAGCCAAGAUAGGACCAGCAACCUGGGCCAUGGCAACUUCCAAACCAGACAUAUUAAUGGUUCUGCUAAGUAAAAUGAUCCAAGAGGGAGACCGAUUAUAUAAGCAAGGUAAAGUGAGGGAAGCUGCUCACUCCUAUCAGUCAGCGCUCCAGAAGUUUCCAGGAGACGAGCUGAAGACAUUCAAACAGCUGCGAGUGUGUGUGUUGCUCAACCUGUCACGCUGCCGCCGCAAGAUGAACGAUUUUGGCCUUGCUGAGGAGUUUGCUACCAAGGCACUAGAACUAAAAGCCAAGUCCUAUGAGGCCUUUUAUGCCAGAGCCCGUGCCAAACGCAGCCGCAGACAGUUCCACGCAGCCCUGGAGGACCUGAUUGAGGCCAGCCGCCUGUGUCCAUCCAACAGGGAGAUCCAGCGAUUGCUUUCCCGAGUCAAGGAAGAGUGUCGACAAUUUGUACAACAGCAAGACUCUCCCCCUGCUUCACCACACCAUGUUUAUCAACAGAAUGCUGCUGUGUCCAUUAGUGAGGCCAAGUGCAGAGAUUCAGGUUGCCUACAGGUGCAGGACAGGGAGGGACUUACCGAGGAAGAGGAGGAUGAAGAAAAGGAAGUGGAGGCAAGUCACAGAGACAGAGAUCCUUCUCCUAACUCCUCCUCCUCCUUCCAUCCUCCACAUUUGGUUCAAAGUCUUGACACCCACUGCAGCCCCAGGGUGCCAUCGCCCUCUUCCCUGUCCCCCACCCACCUGUAUCGUAACCUCCCCAGCCCCAUCCACUCCCCCUCCUCCUCUUCACCCUGUCACUCUGCACCUCCUGCUCCUUCCUCCUCCUAUCAACAUUUCAGCCCUCCUCCCUCCCCAAUGUUACAUCAGCAGCAAGCCAGCCCAGUGUCAGACAUUAUGCCUGCACUGUCAGGGACUGGAGGCCUCCACCACUAUCCACAGUCCAUCUCAGCCCUCCACCACUCGGACCAGAAACAGGGAGUGCAGCAGCAGCACCACCAGAGAUCCUUCCAGAAGCAUAGCUCUGUCCAAGGCCAGUGGCUCCAACCAGCUAAAGUCCAGCCAAUCAGAACCAGUCAUUCCAGUUCCUCAUCCCAUUCCAGCAUGGUUUUGGGAAGUUCUGCUUACUCUCAGUUUGCUCAGCUGUCCCAAGAACUGGCCGAAAUGGGGGAAGGUAUUUGCCCCCGUCCCCUAGAUGUCAGGCCUAGCCUGCAGGUCCAGGCUGAUCUGAAUUAUGAAGCAUCAUAUCCACUAGAUAAUGUGGAUGUUGACUUGGUUCGUCAGUUGAGACCAGCAUCUGCCUAUGGGAGAGGAGCAGGAGGAGACAGAGCAGCGAUAAAUCGAUUUGCCCAGGCUCGUCAGUUCAGCCGCAACCAAUCCAAAGCAGCUUACUACCCAAUGGAAGUUACAGAGGCUACUAUGGGACAGCCUGAUAGCUUUCCAUCAUCACACAGUCAUCAAUACCACCACCGGGGUGGGCUACGACACCCACCCAGUAGCCACCCAACCUCUUCCUCCGCCCCCCCCUCUAGGCCUCUCAUCCAAAGUGUCAAUGUUCGUUUCUCCACCAGCAGUGGCAGGCCUGCCUCUAAUCAUGGUUGUGGGUUCAGGACCUCAGCCUCCACCCAGCAUAUGGAUGUACCUUCAGAUCUGGCCUCUGUGGGAGGAGUUACUGGUUUUCAUGAUGAUCUGUUUCUGAUCUCCUCUCCCCAGUCAGAAAUAUGCAUGAUAGGAGGUGGGACCUAUCCUGGAGAGGCAGGCAGGUCAUCUAGGAGCACUCCUUUUAUGGGUGUUAGUGAUAAGACAGCGAGAGUACACCAGUAUCAGCAACAAGCUGCAUCUAGUUCCUCAUCCUGUCUCAGCCCCUCUCGCUCCUGGGUCGUGUCUUCAGUGGACACAGUUGUUACCCCACCUAGCAAAACCCCCGCAAACCAAGGAAGUUUUGGUCAACCCUCCUCCCUCGCCUACCACAACCGCAGCAACAACAAUGCCCACAACCUCCUCCACGACAAUGAGCUUGACUACUAUGAGGUGCUGCCAGGCAACACUGCUCAGGGUGAAGGCUCGGUGCAGGCUGCCGGUCAGAAAACCUCCUACCUGGACGUGAAGCUGGCUCAAAUGCUUCCAGUGACCCAUAGCUGCUCAGACAGGCCGACGGAGAGAAAGACAGGACCCACCUCUCCUGUAAAACCAAAAAGACCCUUUGUCGAGUCCAAUGUAUAAAGAAAAUAUCAAGUCAGAGAUGGGGACGAAGGGUUAAUUAAGAGUGGUUCAAAAGAAGUCAUUGUACCGACAUAUUCAGUUUCAUUAAAGCUAUGGGAUUCUUAAAGCUGGGCUCUGGUUGAAACAAACUAGUUUGUUUUACGUUCAUAUGAUGCAUAGUUCAUACAAAGUGGGCAUGAUUGCCAGGUUGUCUUUGAGAAAGAGAAGUGCUUUGUUUGAAGCAUACCCACUUCUUAAGACAUUAAACAUACAAGUAACAUAUGGAACAUAUUGGCUGUUAAUUGUGAAGUCUGUGACUUAACAAGCCAGAGACAAAAAAAGAAAGCAAAGUCCAAGCAAAGGAGAGAAAGACACAAGUUAUGAAGAACUUGGUCUGUUGCUCUAAAACCAGUGACAAGUCUUGGUUUCGUAAAGCACAACAAGAAACCUGAAGAUUUAAACGCAAAAAACACAACAAAAGAUGCCAACUGUCACUGAAAAAUCCUUCUAUUUCAUUUCAGUCCAUUUCAACAUUGUCUCUGGAUGUCCAUAAUGCACCGCUCUAGAGUUUUUCUGUCGAGUUCACAUUUAUGACUCUAGAUGGUGACAUCCAUCCUUUUCAAGCUUGAAGCGUUCAAAUGACUAAUGACUGGAAACCGGGAACAGUCACUGUUAACAUCCAUACUCUAAAACCUGUGCCAGACACAUGCUGACCAAUGACCCAGUCCUAAGCCAUAGUUUGAAAAGCUAGGAUGAUGCUGUCAUUGAGUGUGUACUUACUUGCUGUAUAUAAAACAAGCCUGAUAUUUAUCUUUUUUAAGUUAUAUUUGAAUUGAACUGUAUAAAUAGUUACUUUUAAAAUUGUGUAUUCCUUUUGAA